AUUCAAAAUUCUCCAAAAUACACAAAUUGGGAUUUUUAGAAUUAUGUCUGGACCUAAAUUCCAAAACAUUUUGACAGCAAUUUAUAUGAUUGUGAUUUCAUUUGGUUCCAGUAAUAGUUAUGCCAGGAAAUUACAACCUCAUCCUUCUUCUUCUUCUUGUUCCCCAGUGAAAGGGGUUUAUUGGCCUUCCUGGGCUGAAACAACUUUCCCGCCAUCCGCCAUAGACACGACCUUGUUCACGCACGUCUACUAUGCGUUCCUUGUUCCCAACAGUGUCACGUUUCAAUUCGACGUCGACAAUUCAACGGCCGAUCAGCUCCGCCGCUUCACCUCCACCCUCAGCUCAAAGAGCCCGCCGGCGAAGACUCUGUUCUCCGUCGGCGGCGGUGGCGCGGACGCGAGUAUUUUCGCGCGCAUGGCUUCAAGUGCUUCCACCAGGAAGAUCUUCAUCGACUCUAGCAUAAGCGUGGCUCGAACAUAUGGAUUCGAUGGGAUUGAUCUAGACUGGGAAAUGCCUCAAAGCCCGAAGGAAAUGGACGAUUUAGCCCUGCUAUUGGCCGAUUGGCGGGCCGCAGUCCGACAGGAGGCGAUUCCGGCGAAACCCCAGCUAUUACUCACGGCGGCGGUGUAUUUCUCGGCGGAUUUCUUCCUGGCUAGUGCGGCGUCAUACAGAGCAUACCCUGUCGCUGCGAUUAACGCGAAUUUGGACUGGAUCAACGCAAUGUGCUACGAUUACCACGGAUCGUGGGACACGACGGCGACCGGAGCCCACGCCGCCCUGUUCGAUCCGAAAAGCAACAUUACCACCAGCUAUGGUCUAGGGCAGUGGAUCAGGGCGGGGCUAUUGAGAAGUAAGCUCGUCAUGGGGCUUCCCCUGUACGGAAGGACAUGGAAGUUGAAGGACUCUAGCUCGUACGGCAUCGGGGCUCCGGCUGUUGACGUCGGCCCUGGGAGCGGAACUCUGACAUUUAACGAGAUCCAGCGAUUUAAUAGUGAGAACAACGCCACGGUGGUUUACGACGCCGUGACGGUAUCGGCGUACUCCGCCGCCGGGACGUCGUGGAUCGGGUACGACGAUCCGACGUCCAUCUCCGUGAAGGUGAAAUAUGCAAAACAGCUGAACCUCCGUGGUUACUUCUUCUGGUCCGCCGUUGGUGACGACAAGUGGGUGAUUUCUAAACAAGCCAAGCAAUCGUGGGACGUAGGCAGCUAUUUACAUUGAGGCUAUUACGAUGGAUAUUCUUGGCUCAGUGAGGACCACAUGCAGUUUGUAAAUUGUAAUCCGUAGCAAUCAUUUGCAAUAAAUUAAAAAAUGUCAUAGUUGACCAAUGUCAGUUACGUUGUAGAAUAUUCAAUGAGUGAAUAAAAGCCAAAUCAUAGAAGUUAAAGCUAUCUUGAUAAAUAUUGGCAAACAUUGUUUAUUGAUAUUGUUCGUUGUAUUUUUAUUUUAUUGAAAUCAAAUAUUGUUAUACGUAGUACUCGUAUUACAUUACUUAUCUCACUUCAAUUAUUUA